GCUGGUAUGAUGGUGGAGGGUGCUUACAAGCACAUCUUUUGGACCCCAUGUUGUGUUCAUGCAUUAAACAAUGCAUUGAAAGACAUAGGAAAAAUAGAUUGGGUGAAGCAUGCGGUGGCAGAAGCUAGAGACAUUCAAAUGUUCAUUUGCAACCACCACACCUCACUUGCUCUCUUUAGAUCAUUUUCAAAGAAGGAGUUCCUCAAACCCAUUGAAACAAGGUAUGCUAGUUACUUCAUCUUGUUGGAGAGGAUGCUUGAGGUGCAUGAUCCUCUACAGUUGAUGGUGGUGAAUCCUGAGUGGACUAAAUGGCGGGAAUCAAACUCUACUGAAGGAAAAUCUACCAAACAAAAGAUCCUUGAUGACAAUUGGUGGUCCACUGUGAGAUACCUUUGCUCUAUCAUUUCUCCUAUUGUAGAUGUCAUCAGAUAUGCUGAUACAGACUCUCCUAGUCUUGGAGAGAUAUAUGAGACAUUUGACAGUAUGCUUGGGAAGAUUAAGCAAACAAUUUCGGAUAAGGAUCCUACUUUGGAGUUCUAUGAGCAGCAUAUCAGGCCCAUUGUGACACGAAGGUGGAACAUAAUGAACACCCCGCUUCAUAUGGCAGCCUAUGCAUUGAAUCCGAAAUGGUAUGCACCAAGGGAUGGAAGGGUGCUUCCAUGUGAUGAUGAUGAGGUUUUAGAUGAGUUCACACGGGCAAUUGAUAAGAUAUAUACAGAGGAGCAGGCUUCCAUACUUCGUGCACAAUUCCUUGACUUCACAAAUCUUCGUGGUCCUACAUUGAGUAAACCAUAGGCGAGGUUGGACAUAGCCAUAUUAGCCCAAAAAGACCCUAUUGGAUGGUGGACAUGGCAUGGGAGAGAUACACCACAAUUGAAAUCGCUUGCCACUCGCCUACUUUCACAGGUUGCUAGUUCCUCUGCUGCAGAGAGGAAUUGGUCCACAUAUGGCUUUAUCCACUCUAUCAAGAGGAAUAUACUUACCUCUAGACGAGCAGAGAAGCUAGUAGCUGUGCAUAGUGCUCUUCGACUUCAGGAUCGACAGACUCCAAAGUAUCGACAGACUCCAGCUUUGCGAUGGGAUGUUGCUCCCGAAGAUGUGGCCCAGGUUGAUGAGGAGGAGACAACACAGGGAUUGGUUGGGAUUCCAUUGGAUGAGGUGGAUGUAGACCAUGACAGUGGGAGCGACUCAGAGGACUCUGAUUUUGAUGCAAUGUUAGGAGAAGCAGUUUAGGGGCAGCAUUAUACUUUGCUUUUUUGUAUUUAGUUUCUGUUUUACUGAGUACUAUUUUGA